UCUUUUCUGACAUUGACAUUUGCCGAAUAGUUGCAUCAGCAAUCUGUUAGUAAAGAGUGCCUAUUAAAAAUGGUGUUGGAUCUUGAUUUGUUUCGUGCCGAUAAGGGUGGAAAUCCCGAUAAAAUAAGGGAGAUCCAAAAGAAACGUUACAAGGAUGUCGGACUCGUUGAUAAAGUUGUGGAAUUGGAUACCACAUGGAGACAGCACAGACAUAAAGCAGAUCAAUGGAAUAAGUUAAAAAAUCUCUGCAGUAAAGAAAUUGGUGAGAAGAUGAAGAAAAAGGAACCACAAGGAGAUGCCAACGAACCUGUACCAGACUCUGUCCUCAGUCAGUUGGCCGAACUUGCUAGUGAAAAUUUAAAAGCUCUCACUGUAAAUCAAAUUAAGAAGGUAAGAGUAGCAAUUGAUGAAGCUAUUGUUAAAAAUGAAAGUGAUUUAUUGAAAACUGAGAAAGAACGCAAUAAUGCAUUGAGGGAAAUUGGAAACCAUUUGCAUGAAUCAGUGCCAGUAGAUGAUAAUGAAGACAAUAAUGUUGUUGAAAGAACUUUUGGAGACUGUCAAAGUACCAAGAAAUAUUCCCAUGUGGAUUUAAUCCAUAUGGUUGAUGGUAUGGAUGGUGAAAGAGGUGCUGUGGUAUCAGGUGCAAGAGGUUAUUAUUUAAAAGGACCCAUGGUUUUCUUGGAACAUGCCUUGAUUCAACUUUCAUUAAGAGUGUUGCACAAAAAGGAUUAUAUUCCCUUAUACACACCAUUCUUCAUGAGGAAAGAGAUUAUGCAAGAAGUAGCACAAUUAUCACAAUUUGAUGAAGAGUUAUAUAAAGUGGUUGGAAAAGGUAGUGAAAAGGCAGAAGAAAAAGAAAUUGAAGAGAAAUAUUUGAUUGCAACAUCUGAACAGCCAAUUGCUGCUUAUCAUAGAGAUGAGUGGUUGCCUGAAAGCUCCUUGCCAAUUAGAUAUGCUGGUUUGUCAACAUGUUUCAGACAAGAAGUAGGAUCACAUGGAAGAGAUACAAGAGGUAUCUUUAGAGUUCACCAAUUUGAAAAGGUGGAACAGUUUUGUUUAACUUCCCCAUUUGAUAAUAAGUCUUGGGAAAUGAUGGAUGAAAUGAUCAGUAAUGCAGAACAGUUCUAUAAGUUGCUUAAUAUACCAUAUCGCAUUGUAAAUAUAGUAUCUGGAGCUUUAAACAAUGCAGCUGCAAAGAAAUUAGAUUUGGAAGCCUGGUUCCCAGGAUCAGGUGCAUUUAGGGAAUUGGUGUCAUGCAGCAAUUGUCUUGAAUAUCAAGCAAGAAGAUUAUUAGUUAGAUAUGGCCAAACAAAGAAAAUGAAUGCAGCUACAGACUAUGUACACAUGUUAAAUGCAACCAUGUGUGCCACUACCAGAGUAAUCUGCGCAAUUCUUGAGGUUAAUCAAACAGAGACUGGAAUUAAAAUACCAGAAGCAUUGAAAGAAUUUAUGCCUCCUAAAUAUCAGGAUGAAAUACCAUUUGUUAAGCCAGCACCUAUUGAUGAAGAGAAAGCAGGGAAAAAAGGUAAAAAGAAAGGUGCAGGUGAUGAAUAAGUUAAUUAAGCCAGUGUUAUAACCUAUUUUAAGUCAUUGCAUUUAAAGCUAUUGUAAUAAUUCCAACUUUAUCAAUAAAACAGCUUACUUAUAACAA